AUGCCAACGAUCAAUCGUUUGCUCUCACAGUCAACCACGCUCGCCCGACCAAGCUUGCAUCCGCCUCCGACUCACUUGGCCGAAUCGCUGUCACUUGUACUCAGACAGACGACGCGUGGCACGGGCAAAUGCUCUGUGUUGCGAUUCAACGCAUCUGCGUCGCGAGCGACUUAUUCGACUUUGUCGAGCAUCAGGGCUGCGACUAAGGCCCACACGCUCAUGCGGCGUACAGGCGAGAUCGUCUUCAGAGGCUUGCCACAUGACGUCGAUGAAGACGAAGUGGAGGGGUUCUUUUCGCAAUUCGGGGAGGUUCUAGGGGUAGAUCUCAAGGAGGUCUCUUAUACGGUGACGGUGGCGGGAGGCUACGUGCGAUUUGCAUCGCUGGAGUCAGCGGAAAAGGCUUCCGCGUUGGACGGCAAAGAGGUUCUCAGAAGACCGAUGUCGGUCCGUGUCCUGUAUGAACUCACAGACACCAUACAUGUUGGGAACAUACCGCUGGGCGUCGAUGAGGACCGACUGAAGGCGCUUUUCUCUCCGUGCGGAGAGGUUAUCGAUGUGAAAAUCCAGCAAUCUCUCACGAGCGAAACAAGAGGACGCAAAUACGGAUUUAUCCGCUUCGCCACGGCGACCGCAGCUUCUAAAGCGCUGAAAUCAGAGCGGCCCCUGUUUGGCGGACAACGCUUAACUGUCCACCUUGCGAAGCAAGCAACUACGGAUCUCACGUUAUGGGAUAACUACGCAGAAACGGACGAGUGGACAGCCCGGUCAAUCAGGAUUUCCAAUCUACCGCCUCAAGUCACCGAAGAUCAGCUACGAGCCGAGUUUGAGUACUGUGGGGCUAUCAAUCUAACGCGCGUUUGGAGAGUACUGAGUACAGGCAACUCGCUUGGCUUCGGCUUUAUCCAAUUUGUAUCGCCGGUGUCGGUUCCGAGGGCCCUUGAGGCCACGAAGGAGAUUGCCGGUCAUCCUCUUCGUGUACAACGUUUUGGAUCUGUGCGGCCAUCCGUACUUGAAUACGUACCCCCGCCAGCCGACCCCAGCCCAACGAAUUCUAUCUUCAUCGGGCGCCUUCCUCAGGAUAUGAACAAUACUCGGUUGCGACGCUUGUUCGAGCGCUUCGGCAAGAUCAGAAGGGCGCUGGUCGUGAGAGAUGUGGUUGAAGGCAAAUCGAGGGGCUGUGCUUACGUCGAUUUCGAGUCCCCUGAGGCCGUUGAGCGAGCCGUCCAGCACCAUUCGCGUCUGAUGAUCGACGGGAAUUCAGUCAGCAUAAAACGCAGUUACUCCCUACCCAAGAGUCAGCGGGAUGCUGAUUCUACAUAUGUGUACCCUCGCGAUCCCCUUGACGAUGGCCGCUCAGAAUCCUGGGAGCAAGAUUACUAG